CCGCAGUUCCGUCAGCUGGCGAGGCCGAAAAGCUUACUAAGUGUACACUGUUGGCAUGUUGACCGCUUGUUUCUGUCGUGUUCCGCGAGAGUAACGCGGUAACUGCGCCGCUCGCCCGGUCCUUCGACGACGGGAGCAACAUGAGCCUGAACGAGCACUCGCUGCAGGCGCUGUCCUGGAGGAAGCUGUACCUGAGUCGCGCUAAACUGAAGGCUUCCAGUCGGACGUCAGCUCUGCUUUCUGGAUUUGCCAUGGUGGCCAUGGUGGAAGUGCAGCUGGACAACAGUUAUCCAUACCCACCUGCCCUGCUGAUCGCCUUCAGCGCCUGCACCACUGUGCUGGUGGCCGUUCACCUGUUCGCUCUGAUGGUCAGCACCUGCAUUCUGCCCAAUAUCGAGGCUGUGAGCAAUGUCCACAACCUCAACUCGGUGAAGGAGUCUCCACACGAGCGAAUGCACCGACACAUUGAACUAGCGUGGGCCUUUUCGACUGUUAUUGGUACGUUGCUCUUCCUAGCCGAAGUGGUUCUUCUCUGCUGGGUCAAGUUUUUGCCUGUUAAGGCCAAAUCCAGUAAUGAUACCAUUUCAGCUGGUGUGGCUGCUGCUAUUACUUCCACCUCCAUCAUGGUCCCCUUUGCUUUAGUCUUUAUAGUCUUUGCUGUGCAUUUCUACCGCUCCUUGGUCAGCCACAAGACCGAUAGACAGUUUCAAGAGCUGGAGGAGCUCUCUAACCUCACCAGGCUACAAAACGAGCUGGACAACAGAGGGGAGUCUUCCAUCUUGCCAAACUCAUAUUUCCCCUAGUGAAUGAAGUGUGGUGGAAGUGCAUCUAUGGUGGAACUCUGACUGCUUCGUAUGCCCCGGAGCCAGAAGCCAUUGUUGGCUUGUAAUUUUGUACAGGGAUGAAGAUGGCUCACCUCUUUGUUGUGCACUUUACUUUCGUGAAAAGAGUUGUAUUUUCAAGAAAACACGUUUGAUCGACUGAACUCAAACAUCAUGCAUGGCUCGAAAUUGGAAAGUCUGAAUUGAAGUCUGUGUUUUGAUAGUUGCUUAAUGUUUCUUUUUUAUUGUGCCAGAGAUCUAAUAAUAACAACUUCUCAUUCUGUCUGUUGCCUGCUGCAUUUAUUUACUCAAUUGUCAUUGAACACUGCAUUUGUUAAUAUAAACAUAUUGCCUUGUGCUUUGUGAGACACAAGUAUUUAACUCGUUCCUUUAUUCACGGUUUACUUCAUUUAUUGUACUGUCCACUGAUUGUUUUUGUAAUACUUGCUGUGUGUCGACGGAUUCAACAGAUGCUUAAACUGCAGUACUAUUUGUAUAAUAUAUUUGCUGACAUCUAUAGCACAGGCUGUUGAAAUAAACACCUUUAUAUUAAGUGGAAUUCAAAGUUUUAGAAUUUCAAAAAUAAUGUGGCUGUAAGAUUUGAAAUGAUUUUAUCUACGGUGCAAGUCAUAGAUAUAAAAGGGUUAAGUUCAUGAGUAUUGAUACAUAUUUGCACAGUGUAUCACCCUGAUGCCUCAAUUUAUAAAGCCUCACAAGAAAAAUUAAGUGGAUUUUCAUUUGGAUUGUCCAUAUAUAUUAAUUUAAAUAUCUGUGUUGGUAAUAAACUGCUAUAAUAUGUUCAAAUGAUA